AUGGCUGUUACCCUGAAGCCCAACGACCUGGUCUUUGAGCUUGCAAACAACGGAAUGGACGAUAUCCACCAGCUGGAAGACCCUUCGGUGUUCCCUGCUGUGAUCGUGGAGCAAGUCCCUUACCCAGAUUUACUGCAUCUGUGCACAGAACUGGAAGAAAAUCAUAAUAGCAUCCUCACAGAUGGGACCUUGUGUAUGGCGCAGGAUCAGAUCCUGGAGGGCAGUUUUUUGCUGGCAGAUGAGAAUGAUGCCGUGGCACAUGGCCCAAUAGCCAAUGAAGUCUUGCUCAGCAUUGACUCUCCCAGCAACGUCCUGGAUGAGAAGCAGAUGUUAAGCACCUCAGAAAUACUACCGGAUGCAGACCCUUCUGUGAGCAUCACUCUGCCCAACUGCCUGUAUCCUGUCGCUGAGCCCAGUGCCCUGAGCAAGGCCGAUGGACAGGUGGGCCAAUGUCCUCAAAAGAACAACAGCAGCAAGGACAGCUCCAAGAGAACUCUCAAAUCCAAGAAAAGAAUCCGGAAGUCCAAGGGCAGCCGUAGCAUCUCCCCGGUCACUGACCCCAGCAUCCCCAUCCGCAAGAAAACCAAGGAUGGCAAAGGCAGCACCAUUUAUCUGUGGGAGUUCCUCCUGGCACUGCUGCAAGACCGGAACACCUGCCCCAAGUACAUCAAGUGGACCCAGCGGGAGAAAGGCAUCUUCAAGCUGGUGGACUCCAAGGCUGUCUCCAAGCUGUGGGGGAAACAGAAGAACAAACCGGAUAUGAACUAUGAGACCAUGGGGCGAGCACUGAGAUAUUACUACCAAAGAGGCAUUCUUACCAAGGUGGAAGGGCAGAGGCUGGUAUACCAGUUUAAGGAGAUGCCCAAGGAUCUGGUGGUGAUUGAGGAUGAAGAGGAAGGAAGCGUGGCCCAGGCAGCCUCCCCACAGGCCUCCACUGCCUCCACCAGCGCAGCCCGGAGGGGCUCCAGGGCCAAAGGCAACUCCACAGCCAAGAGCAGCUCCUCCUGGGAGAAGGUGGCAGGUCAGCACGUUGGGGUCCAGCCAUCUUUGAGUCUGGAAGAGGCACUGUCUCCAGACAGCGAGAUCCCUACUACCUCCGCCGCACUUGGCACUGCAGUCGACAACUCGGCCACACUCAGUAGAGCCAUGAGCAAUUCCUUGGCUAGCAACAUCCAGCUGGGCGUGGCCCCCGUGAGCUCUGGCCCAGGCCUGACCCUGCAGACCAUCCCACUGACCACGGUGCUGACUGGGGCCCCCACUGCUGUCACCUCCACGGCCCCCCAGCAGCUUGUGCUACAGACUGUGCCACCUGCCACCACAUUCAAGGACGCUUUCACGGUGCAGGCAUCUUUUCCCCUGAAUGCCACCUUCCAAGAGAGACAGGUGGCAGCAUCUGGGGCUCCGCUGAUUCUCAGUGGCCUCCCCCAAAUUCUGACCAGCCACCCAACCAAUGUCACCACCACCUCAGUUGUGGGGGCCACCCCCACUGGCCCUAGCACUCAGUCCCCCGGGACUGUCAUUGCAACCCUCAUCAGGACUUCUGGUACCACAGCGGCGGUUCCCAGGGUCAAGGAGGGUCCCCUGAGGUCUACGUCCUAUGUGCAGGGCAUGGUGACCGGGACCCCAGUGGAGGGUGUCCUGGUUCCCGAAGAAACCCUGAGGGAGCUCCUAAGAGAGCAGGCUAAUCUCCAGCCAGUGUCUACCCAGGUGAUAGCCAGGGGUUCCCAUACUCCAAGCCUUGUGGGCACCCCACAUGUAUCUACUCCCAGUCAUCCCACGGUUGGGCUGACCCCGGUGGCUGAACUUGAGCUAGCUUCUGGCUCUGGCUCAGUGGUAGGGACUGAGCCCAAUGUGGGCCCAUCUGAGAAUCUGCUGAUCAGAUCAACAACUCCAGCUCCCUUCUUCAACCCCACUUCCCUCAUUAAGAGGGAUCCUCCUAACCAGUAA